AUGACAGCCAAAGAAACAUCUACCUUGCCCACAAAUCUGGGAGAUCCCGCUCUUCUUGAGGCUAUUGACAAGCUUUUCGCCUGCAACGUAGGGCAGUACAUCAACCUGCCCCAGCUGGUUGUUGUUGGUGACCAGUCUAGCGGUAAAAGUUCCGUACUCGAAGGCCUUACGAAGCUGUCGUUCCCACGCGACAGUGGUCUCUGCACCCGAUUUGCUACUCAGAUCGUUUUUCGACGUGAUGGAAAGUUACUGGAGCGACAGAUCACUGCUUCGAUUAUUCCUGGCAACGAUACCGAUUCCAAAGAGAAGCAGAAGCUUGAGGCCUGGCAGGCUGAUAGUCUUCAAAACCUUGACCAUGAGGGCUUUACAAAGAUGAUGAAUGAGGCCCACGAUACUAUGGGACUGUCCAGCAUGACCGGGGACGGGAAACCCACUUUCUCCAACAGCGUCUUGAAAUUGGAAAUCGCUGGCCCAAACGAGAAUCAUUUAAGUGUUAUCGACGUCCCGGGAAUAUUCAGAACUCCUACGCCUGGCCGCACGACUAUCGCGGAUAGAGAUAUGGUGUAUAACAUGGUGGUCCAGUACAUGCGAAACCCGCGAUCCAUCAUCUUGGCUGUCGUGCCUGCCAAUGUUGAUACCGCUACACAAGAAAUCAUCCACUUGGCGCGCAUAGAGGAUCCCUUGGAAGAAAGAACCCUCAAGAUCUUGACCAAGCCGGACCUGGUUGACGCAGGCACAAUGAACAGAGUGAUUGAUAUGAUCGAAGAAGGUAAUCGUCACGGGGAACUUGGAUGGAUAGUCGUUCGAAAUGCUGGUCAAGCCCAACUGGAGGAGCCAGGAUACGAUCGAGAUCUCGAGGAGCGGAUGUUUUUCCAAUCGUCGCCGUGGAACAGCCUAGAAGAAGAUAACUGUGGCAUCAAUUCGUUGAUUGAGCGCCUACAGCAUCUUUUGAGCGCUGUUGUGACGCGGGAAUACCCAAAGGUUGAAUUGGAAAUAGCCAAGGCACUCAGCGAGGCUAAACAAGCCCUGAAGGAUCUGGGAAAAGAGAGGGAUACCUCAUUUCAGCAGCGAGCCCUCGUCCUAGACGUUAUCACUGAGUUCCAAGCUGUUACUGGCUAUGCGCUCACGGCCCAUUACGGAAUGCACGAUAUCCUGAAGCAAGACCGGACCACACGAUUGGUGACUAUUGUCUCCAAUCGUAAUGCCCGGUUUUCCGAUGAUAUAGCGACACUGGGUCAUCGUUACCAGUUCCACACCCACCCAUCAGCUGCCGAUAACGAAACUCCUGGACCAUCAUUCUCCCAUGAGGGCCAGAGGCCUCCGAAGCUGCAAUUUAAGCUGAAGCGUCAGGCUACAGACACGUCGCCUAAGGAGAAGCUGGAGGAAGCUGACGAAUCAUUGUCAAACCGUGGGUCAUCACAGUCCAUCGAGCCGGCCAAAAAACCUUCCGUCGAGUCCAACCGCUCAAAGGUUGCCGAUAUUCAGGGAAUCCUCCCUGAAAAGAUAGGCAUCACAUAUCCUCGACAGAUGGGUAUCAUCGCUUGGAUCGCGGAGCUGUAUCGGGACUAUCGAGGAUUUGAGAUCGGCACUUACAAUCCUAUUCUACUAUCAGCCUUGAUGACUGAGCAGUCUGUCAACUGGACAGCUCUAGCACAAGAAUACAUCAGCGACAUCAUAACGGCUGUUCAUGAAUUUAUUGUCUCAGUGCUCGAGAACAUCUGUUGUGACAAGAAACUUUCUUCUGGAAUCAUGUCCCUGAUGCGCGCAGACCUCCAGCAGCGAUACAAACAAGCUGUGGACCAAUUCACCCAGGUCAGUAUAUACUUUAUGUUUGAAGAGCUAAUCCAGAUGGACAUCAGUCGCCAGGAACGACUUGAGGCUGCUCUUGAAAGUAAAACGAAGACCGUACCUGGGUAUGGGGAGGUUAUCUCCACCGGCGAUCUCAAAAUCCAUAACAACAUGAGCAAUACUGAGCAUGCAGUUCAAGACCUCCAUGACGUCUUGAAGUCAUAUUACAAGGUCGCUCGGAAACGGUUCGUCGACAAUGUAUGCAUGCAAGCAGCAGAUUACUGUCUGGUCACUGGAGAACAAGCUCCUAUGAAGCUAUUUACUCCUUCUUGGGUGAAUCAGCUUUCUGAUAGGCAGUUGGAAAGACUUGCAGGCGAGAGUAGGGCAAAUCAGCGCCAACGACAGAAGCUGCAGAAGAAGAUCAAUGAUUUGGAAGCGGGCAGGGCAUGCCUUGGAUAUUGA